AUGUUUGAGUUUGAGCUUUGAGGUAACUCCAAAAGUAUUUAAUUUUGAUUAGAGAGAGAGAAGUCAAAAGAGUUUAAAGGUCAAUUUCAAAUUAACCAAAACGCAUUCGAAUUCCGAACUGAGCCAUCUCUCUCGUCCGUUUCGAGAUCAGUUUUCUACUGGAAAAUCCGGAAUCCAAUUCUGGGAUUUUCAGCUUCGUCCAUUUUCUCUGUCAUUAAGUUUCAGGACUCUUUAUAUUGUGAGGCCUUAAACUACUUUCUAUAGCUCUGCUUGGACAGGUAGUCUGUUGUGGGUUUGAGCUUGUUGUGGCCUGUACAGAGGCUGUGGAUAGAAAAUGAGAGCAGUAGCUCGACCUUUUCGCCAUUUUCGAUCAAUUUUUAGGCCUCAAAAUAAUAGGUACUCGAGUAGUUUACCUUGUUAUAGAGGGCAGUUGCUUGAUAUCCAUUCUAGGUCUACUUACAAACUCACCAAAGAUGCUCAAACUCAUCAAUUUCAAGACCCCACUUAUAUGUUUUCUAGAACUCUGUCAACAGAGGUUGUCAAAGUUGCAAAUGGAGAUACAAGUAGAGCAGGCCCUCUUGUAGAGUAUGAAAGAAGAACUGCCUCGGGUGAACUUGUUGAUGGUGACAUGUGCCAGCUAGGCACAUUAAGAGAGCUUCAGAGGCUCUACGAUGACCUUGUUGAUUCAUCUAAUGCUUGUCGAUUGGAUAGGUACACAGCUUCCGAGAAAGUUGGAAGGAGUAGGUGGCUAUGGUCUCGUUUCAUGCCACAAUCUUCAUACUCACCCGUUAAGGGUCUUUAUCUUUACGGAGGAGUGGGAACUGGAAAAACUAUGUUGAUGGACUUGUUUUUUAACCAAUUGCCAUCCAAUUGGAGGAAAAAACGGAUUCAUUUCCAUGAUUUCAUGUUGAAUGUGCAUAGCCGCUUGCAAAAGCACAAGGGUGUGGCAGAUCCGCUUGAAGUUGUUUCUGCAGAGAUAUCUGAUGAAGCAAUUUUACUAUGUUUGGAUGAAUUCAUGGUGACUGAUGUUGCCGAUGCCUUAAUUCUGAAUCGUCUAUUUGGACAUUUAUUCAGCGAUGGUGUUAUUCUCGUUGCCACUUCAAAUCGUGCUCCAGACAACCUAUACGAAGGUGGAUUGCAACGAGAUCUUUUCCUACCAUUUAUUUCUACUCUGAAGGAGAGGUGCAUUGCCCACCAAAUUGGUUCGUCUGUAGAUUAUCGGAAAAUGACUUCGUCUCAGCAAGGUUUCUACUUUGUUGGUAAAGGUUUAUCUGACUUUCUUAAGCAAAGAUUUGAAGAAUUAAUUGGGCAACACAAGGCUGGUCCACAAGAGGUGGAAGUAGUAAUGGGAAGGACGUUACAGGUUCCACUAGCUGCAGAUGGAUGUGCAUAUUUUACUUUCGAGGAGCUCUGUGAGAGACCUCUAGGAGCUGCAGAUUAUUUUGGAUUAUUCAAGAACUUUCAUACUCUGGCAUUGGAUGGUGUUCCAAUUUUUGGUCUCUACAACAGGCCAGCAGCAUUUCGGUUUGUCACUUUGGUUGAUGUUAUGUAUGAGAACAAAGGCAGACUUUUAUGUACAGCAGAGGGGACCCCAUUACAACUUUUUGAAAGAAUUGUGACAAUCGCUGAUGCUCAAAAUAUGGCACCUAGAACCUCUUCGAGGUCAAGAAGGAAUGACGACUCUGACCUUUGUGUGGACAAUGAAUUGGGUUUCGCUAAAGAUCGCAUAAUCAGCAGAUUAACAGAGAUGAAUAGUAAGGAAUACUUGGAACAACAUUCCGCCAUGUUAUUGAAGAAAUCGUCAUUGAGGGAAGUUGCCAACUAGGGAUCAACUGCCACUAAUGCAUAUGAAAUGGAAUGGCAUUUACAAAAAGAAAGAAAGAAAGAAAGAUACAAAAAGUUACCAAUGUUAGUAAAACCAAUUUGUUUGUAGCGCUAGUUCAUUGUUAAAAAAAUUGUUUGUAGCGCUAAGGUUUAAUUUCUUUAUUUAUUUUGAAAGCUAUAGCUCUAAGGUUUAUAAGGGUGCCUCAUUGAAUAUUGGUUUCACCAACUAGAUUUGUGUUUGUACUAAAUAAGAUGUAAAAAUCUCAUUACCUCUUGGAAUCAAUAAGGUCCAAAUUGAAUUGCAA